AUGACCAUUGCUAACAAAAGGACCGUUUUGAAUAACGUCAUCAUCCAUCAACAGUGUUCUCAACAUUUCCAUCCGGUGGACAAUUUAAACGAUACGCUCCAAGAAAUUGUUUUCAGGACGAAAAAUUUGGACCGUUUCAAAAGAUUGGCACGUCAAACGCAUUUCAAUGUUAGGGAAGUUGAAGCUCUGGCGAUAAUUCAUCGUAAAUGUCUUCAAACGUUGGGUCCAAUUACUAGAACGGUGUUUCGUGAUAUAUUUCAAGCGGGAUUCGAUUUCACCGAAAAUAUACGUCAUUUGUUUAUCGACAGAAUAUUCAGCGUGUUCGAUAAAAGGAAUGCUUUACAGGUACAUGUUGAUCAAUGGAUCGAGGGACUUUCAGUGACAGUUCGCGGCAAUAUGGACGAGAAAAUACAGUUCGCUUAUAAAGUGUACGACAACUUGAAAACUAACAAAUUGAAGAGGGAGCAGAUAUUCCCAACGAUGCGUGGAUGUUUGAUCCAGUUGCAGAAUGAUGAAAAUCCGGAUGAAGCUGUAAAGGAUCUUAUAGAUCUCCUGCUUAAAAAGCUCGAUGUAGAUCGUGACGGUUCCAUCUCUGAAGAGGACUUCAAAACAGCCGUGAAGGAGAGAAAUCCACUCUUAUUAGAAUGUCUAGGACCAGUCUUUCCAGACAGGCACGCUCGCUGGGUCUUCCUGAACACAUUUACAGACCGUCUUGGAAGUUACUAA